CAUCGUCAUCUAAAAUAUGCUGCCAAUCCUGUUGCAUGAUCAAGGAGGGAUUUACAAGAAAUACAAGAAACGAAAGUGUGAGCAACAGUCAACAAGAACACACAGAGAAGAUGGAGUCCAUCAGCCUCUUACGUUCAAUAUACUAUCCUGUCAAAGAGCUGAACGCUGUGCUUGUGGGAUCAAACAGCUCCCGUAAGUCUGUCGUUGGAAACAUCAUCUUGGGAUCAGAGGUGUUUGAUCAAGGAGAUGUACAGUGCUGUUGUGAGAGGGGAGAGGGAGAAGUAUGUGGGCGAAGAGUCACGUUGGUCAAAGCCCCCGGGUGGCUCCGAGGAUAUGACCUCUGUAACACACCCGAACUCUUCAAGACAGAAGCGACUCUCAGCGCCAGACCUGGACUGCAUGCUUUCAUUCUGGUGAUUAACGCUGAACUGCCAUUCAAGAACACACACAAGAAGGCAACACAGAAGCACUUGCAGCACUUUUUUGGUGACAAGGUGUGGGAUCACACGAUCGUGGUCUUCAUCCACAGAGGCCGUCUAGGCCACGAAACCAUUGAGGAUUACAUCAGACAGGAAGGUCCGCCGCUCCAGUCACUUCUAGAGUCUUGUGGCAACAGAUAUCACCUUCUGUGUGAUGACGGCACAGACAACAAUGAGAAAAUCAAAGAGUUGUUUAAGAAGAUUGACACCAUGGUGGCAGAAAAGAGUUGUUACCAAAUCGACAGCACGCUGGUGGCAAAUUCUGAGUCCAACAGAAGGGAAGUGGACAAAAAAGCUGAGCAGCUGUUUCUGCGAUCACAACGGCAAAGGACAGAGCUCAGAAAAUUCCUGACAGAGCCAACGCCCAACCUGAAAAUCUUGAUGGUUGGGUCUGUGUUUUCGGGGAAGAGUGCGUCUGGGAACAGUAUUCUGAGAGGUGAAAGGUUUCAGGCUGGUGAAAGAACAGAAGAAGCCUUACAGCAAUGUGGCAAAGUGUCUGGAAGAGAGGUCAUGAUUGUGGACACUCCAGGAUGGUGGAAAUUCUUCCCAGCAUCGUUCACCCCUUCACUCCUGAAGUCCGAGAUUUUAAAAGGGGUUUCUCUGUGCUCGCCUUUACCAAAUGUCAUUUUGCUGGCAGUGCCACUUGACACAUCCUUCACUGAAGGUCAACGGCGGGUCACAGAGGACAACAUGAGGCUACUUGGACAGACAGUGUGGAGACAUGCCAUCGUGCUGUUUACAUUUGGGAACAUUUUGGGGGACAAAACUAUUGAGCAGCACAUUGAAAGUGAAGGAAAGCCUCUCCGUUGGCUGAUUGAGAAAUGCAAUAACAGGUAUCAUGUCCUUGACAAUAUGCAUGCACCCGAGGAUCAGAUAGUGGAGCUGCUGGAGAAGAUGGAAGAGAUGGUGGUAGGAAACAGCUGGUUUUACCUCAGUGCCACCCCUGAUGCAGAUGAUCCACAACCUCAGGAUGACAGAAGUGACAAAUCAGCUGAAAACAAAGAUGAGACCACAGCCGAGGAGAUCACAAGACAACUUAACAUCGAAUGGGACCGCAACAACUGGGAAAAACACCAUAGCACAGACAGUAUGGGAAUGCCCCCAUUCAUGAGUGAUGACAGGCUGAGCUCUGAGGCUUCAGAAUUAGAGGAAGAACAAACUGAGCGCCAAUCUGAAGAUGACCAGUUUGGGACCAGUUUUGAUGCCGAAGUAGAAAAUGAAGGAGAUGCAGAAUCUGGCCCUCUGAGAAGAUGGAGAAUACUGCUGGAGAGGGAGUGGAGUAGACGAGAGGUGGCCAUGGAGCAGGCUUCCUGGAACUACUUCUGCAAUCCUGUCCGUGCAGACACAUCCGAGCCAGACAGUAUUCGACUGCUGAAAUCAAGAAAAAAAGUAAGAAAGUGGCUGGAAACCCAAGGAACACCAUCUGGGUAUGGGACAUCCUCCUCCACUAGCCUUAAAUCAGUGGAGAAGGAAGAAUUAAACACGGCCAAAGAUUAAUUACACCAUCAAACAGUACAUUAUGGUCUUGUUUGAAGAAAUAUGAAAGAAAACAACAACUGAUGACUACUGAAGUCCUUGGUAAACCUGGUGUAAGUUAACUAUGUGUGAAGCUCUUAAAACUCCAGGAGCUGCCCAAACACAUCCAACAGAGCACCUUCAGAGAGAAAACUGAUAACAUUAUCAUCAAUUAUCAGUAGUCACUUUAUAACCUCUGCACUGGUACAUUGACCCUUGUGCAGAGAACAACAGUUUGGCAAGCAUCCCAGAAGGAUUCUGUGAGCACAGUGAAAAAUAUUCUGUAAACUUUCAUGUAAUCACCACUACAGUGAAUAAGAAACUGUCAUCUCAUGUUAUUCACUUACAAAGCUCUACUGUUGAAUCUUCCAAACUACCUCAUAUCUCUUCUCUCAUUUAAAACUGGUAGCUUCAAUACACAAUCCAGCUUUUAUUUUUUACUUAACUUUAAAUAUCCCUUAUGUCUGUACAAAUGCUGGCAGAUCUGGUUUCAGAUUUUAUGCACCUUAUAAAUGGAACAAGUGAUUGCACUCAUAUUACAGUCCUGAAUUCAUCUUGGUUGGAUGUUGUUAACAAAUCUUGUAAAAAAAAUUUUAAUUAACUGUAUUGUGCUUGUUGAUUUCUUUGAUUUGUUUCUGUAAUGUUCUUAUUUUUCUUUGUUCUCAGACCUUUUAUAUAUAAAAAAAAAUCCUAAUCUCAAUUAUUUUCCCUGAUUAAAUAAAGAUUAAAU